AUGGACACCAAGAUCCGGACGGCUCUGGAUGAGAACCUUCGGGCUGUCAGCAACGAGGACGACGCUGAAAAAUGCCGGCCUGUGGUUGUUUUCGAGUCGAUAACUCGUGCGGAGUUUCGUGAGUGGCUGGACAAACAUGAAGGGGAGCUGCGCCGGUGGCAGUACGAGCCUCUGACGGCGGACUCCGGGCGUGUCGUGAUCUACAGUUAUCCGACGAAGGUGCACAACGUGGCAGCAGGGAGGAUCAUCCACGAGAUCCUCGUCCAUGUCGGCGGCACCCCCGACAAGCAGAAGGCAUCCUUGGCGGCGCUCAACAUCCUGAUGUCGCCGAUGUGCGAUGUUGGCGACCGCGACCAGGAGCCGGACGGAGGCUUGAAGCCGAGGGGUGCCCAGCGUUGGAGAGGUGGGCACCCCACCUCUCCAACGCUGAUCGUCGAAGUCGCAUACAAGAACGAGUCGUGGGGCGGUCUGGUCCUCAAGUUGAGGCGCUGGAUGAGUUGCAGCACCGCAGUCCAAGUGGCGAUCGGCGUCAAGGUAUACAGGACUCGUCGCCGCAUCAUCCUCAUACAGCGCAACGCUGAUACCAUCGAGAUGGACUUUGUUGCUGGCCAGGAGGAGUUCGUUUCGUUCCCGCUUCGGCACGCGAACAACGUGAUCGCUGCCAACCUGGGGGAGCUGGGCAGUGUCAUCGACGAGGCGAUUUAA